GCAGCGAGCCGUGUCUGGACUACACUCUUCUGUGUUCGGACUUUCCUCAAACGAGUCAACAAUCCGCCUCGUUGAUUUCUUCUCUUUGAAGGCGACGUGAGAGAGAAAGAGAGAGAGAGAGAGUCGUGGUCGUCUUCACGGCCGAUUCGAAGCAGCCGCCAAUACGUUCUUUCCCACGCCCUUUCACGACCCACUCUAUUUCGCACUGAAGUAUUCUAUCCCAUGAAUUUUUCAUGGCUAUCACCCAUAGCAGAAUCGAAUGUGGUAGACAAACAUAUUCAUUUUUCAUCCCCUUGAACAAAUAUUUGUCUAGCGCUCGUCGUAUCCGCCGAAGAUUUCCGUCUCCCGAUGCCGUUUUUUCCUCAAUUGAAGACGCUUGGAUCGAUCUUUCUUCAGUAGCCAUGUCAUCAGAAACAGCAAGAUGAGAAUGCUCAAACUCAUCAGACCAUGUGAGUAUAACAUUCUCUUUCUUGGUUGUGCAAGAUCGAUAUCUUCCUUUGCUGCAUCGUUUCAGACCCCAGAUGGGGAUUCUGUUGAUUUGGCAAGCCAAGUAGCGUCGAUUAUCAAGCGACCCACUUGGCAGAAGAACCCAUCCCUGAAGAACCUAGCUGCUUCAUUGACCCCUAUUCACGUAUCUACCAUUCUGCAGCAGCAUCUUGAUGCUAAAACGGCAUUGGAUUUCUUUACUUGGAUUGGUAACAAGCCUGGUUACAAGCACGACAUUCGAUCUCAUAUUGCUUUGCUCGACCGCCUCGUUCCUGCCGGGCUUCUCGGAGUGGCCGAUAAGAUCCGGGUGUCGAUGAUCAAAUCUUGUGAUACUGAGGAUGACAUUCGUUUUGUUGUCGAUGUUUUGAAGAAGUUGAAUGAUGAGGGCAGCUUUAAAAUGUCGCUUCGGAGCUACAAUAAUUUGCUCAUGGGAUUGGGGAGGUUUGAAUUGAUUGAAUUGAUGAAGACUUUCUAUCUAAAGAUGGUAGGGAGUGGAAUUACACCGAAUAUUUAUACAUAUAAUACUAUGAUCAACGCGUAUUGCAAGGCAGCCGAUGUCCCUGAAGCUAUGGUGUAUUUCAGCUAUAUAAUUCAAGCUGGUCUGAGUCCAGAUACAUUCACAUACACGUCCUUAAUGUUAGGUCAUUGCCGGAACAACAAUUUGGAGCAGGCGAAGAAGAUAUUUUCUGUGAUGCCAAAGAAGGGUUGCGAAAGGAAUGUGGUAACUUACAAUGUGCUUAUCCAUGGUUUAUGUGAUUCAGGCGAAUUGGAUGAGUCCUUCAGCUUAUUUUCGCAGAUGGUGGAAGAAGGAUGCCAGCCCAAUGUUCGAACUUAUACGAUUCUCAUGGUAGCAUUGUGUGAUUCGUUGAGGAUGGAUGAGGCGUUCAAAUUGUUGAAAGAAAUGGUUGAGAAGGGAGUAAAGCCAAACAUUCAUACGUACACGGUACUUAUCGAUAGCCUUUGCAGGGGUAAUAAACUUGACGAGGCAAGCAAAUUACUGAAUGAGAUUGCUGAGAAUGGAUUGAGACCAGGUGUUGUCACUUACAAUGCUUUGAUUUAUGGUUACUGCCAGGAAGCAAGACUUGAUGAGGCAUUUCAGGUUCUUGAAAUGAUGAGAUUGAAUGAUUGUGCUCCAAACUCUCGUACUUAUAACGAGCUAAUAUGUGGACUCUGCAAAGUGCAAAACGUGCACAAAGCAAUGGGUUUAUUUAGUAAGAUGCUCGACAGUGGCUUGCUUCCCAGUGUGGUAACUUUCAACUCUUUGAUACAUGGGCAGUGUAGGGAGGGUCAUAUCGAUAGUGCUCUCCGACUGCUGAGUUUGAUGUCUGGAAAUGGCAUUUCUGCUGAUCAGUGGACAUAUUCUACAUUGAUAGAUGCCCUUUGCAAGGCUGGAAGAGUGAAGGAAGCACACAAGCACUUCCUUUCUCUGACAGAGAAAAGUGUGAAGGCAAAUGAGGUGAUCUAUACUGCAUUAAUUCAUGGCAACUGUAAAGUAGGAAAAACAGAGAAUGCAUUAUUGCUGCUGGAGAAAAUGAUUGCUGAUGGUUGUGGUCCAAACUCUUACACAUACAACGCCUUGAUAGGUGGCCUGUGUGAGGAAAACAAACAGCAGGAAGCUUAUUUAUUAUUGAAAAAGAUGUUGGAGUUGGGGACAAAACCGACUAUUGUAACUUAUACGAUCCUUAUAGAUGAGCUAUGCAAAGAAGGUAAGUUAAAACAUGCACUGGCAGUUUUUGGUCUGUUAUUUUCCACAGGAUGUCGACCAGAUGUGCGGGUUUAUACUGUAUUUAUUUGUGCAUACCUCAGAGAAGGUAAGGUGGUGGAAGCAGAGGAGGUUAUGUUGAAAAUGAGAAAUGAGGGAGUUUCACCUGAUGUGGUGACAUACAACACCUUAAUAGAUGGAUAUGGUAAAUUGGGCUUGAUCCACGAUGCUUUUGCUUCUUUGAAAAGUAUGAGGGAGGCUGGAUGCUGUCCUGAUUGCCUGACAUAUGAGUUUUUAGCCAAACAUUUCUUCCACACUCUGCAAAUUGGUGCACCAUUGCAGAAGUUGGAUACAUCCUCAUCCUUAGACUCUAUAGACUUGGAUAACUUGUGGAAGACAAUAAAAUAUGAGCAUGUGCUAAUCCUUUUGGAGAAAAUGUUGCAACAUGGAUGCUCUCCUGAUAUCCAUACUUAUGAUGUCCUUAUAGCUGGAUUUUGCAGCGGAGCUAGAUUAGAAGAGGCAGAAGCAUUAGUUAGUUACAUGGAAGGCAAAUGUUUGUCUCCCGAUGAAGAUAUUUACAUUUCUCUUAUUAAUGGUUCAUGUGGAACUAGACUGUAUAGCAAAGCUUUAAUAUUUAUGAACAAGAUGAUUGCGUCUGGUUAUUUGCCACAUUUGCUAACUUACAAGCUGCUUAUCUGUGGACUUUGCGAUGAAGGAAAUAUUGAUACUGCCAAAAAGUUGUUUUGUAGUUUGCUUGAAAGUGAAUAUAAUAAAGAUGAAAUUGCAUGGAAAAUUUUGAUUGAGGGAUUCAUUAAGAGAGGAUAUCCAGAUAUAUGCUCUGAUAUGCUGCGGAUUAUGGAGGACAAGGGCUGUCAACUUGAUCCUCUAACAUAUGACUUACUGAUUGCAGAACUGUCUGACAAUGAAGAAGAGAAGUGAGAAUGCUGAAACUGAUAAGCUAUCAUCUUCCAUUCCUCCUUUACACAAGGAGUUUUUCCUUCUCAGUUAAAUGGCAGAAGGUGCAAGCGUUUCCUGCUCAUUCAGUAGAAAAUGGGUUUACUCAUAGAACUUCAUUUUCAUUUCUGAAAGGAGGAUUCCUUUGCAUUUGCUGGUGGCUGCGGUGAAAGCAUGUGCUAGUAUGACACAUUUCAGCUUUGCUACCGAUGAGAUGGCAACCACCAACUUUCUGAAUCAUUCAAUCACCAACAGAAACCAUUGACAAUUCACUCGUCAAUGCAUUCUUGCCAGUAAUGAGGCCCUAAAGGGUCAUGUUUAAAGUAUAUCAAAACAAGCUGGAUGGUGUGUGCCUCAGUAUGCUCAACAGAAUUCCAUCUGGGAUCUUCUUUGGAAAAAGAGCUUUUGUUAUUGGAGCAGGUUUGGCAAAAGUCUGUCAUAGUUGCAGGAGAGGAAGAAGUAAGAUAUGUGACUCCAAAUUAUCUUCUCUGGUAUGAUGUCAAUACAUCUGGUUUUGGAACGCAGAAAAGUUCAAGUUGUUUUUGCCAGUAUGAAUCAGUACUCCAUAUGCAUAAAAGGAUCAACUUCAUUUAAGACAAACUGAUACCCAGAGACCUCUUCUCAGCUUGGUCCUUACAGGCAAGUGCUGAAGCCUCGGCUGAGACUUCCACCUUGAGUAAUAUUUAGGAGCAAGUCAGUUAUCUGCAGAAAAGAAUGUUCUGAGUUCAUCAGGCAGCUGAUGAAUUGUAUGGUUCCUUAUCUUGGCUGGCCUUUUCUUCUAAAGUUUUAGGGCAGUGCAAUGCUCUUUAUGAAUGUACGAAUUGGAAAAAUAAAAUACAAGUCAUGGAGAACAAGGGUGAAACCCAUGGAUAUUGUUCUAGAGAAAGUAAUACAAUUAAAAUUCAAGUUUCAUAAGGAGUGUCUCUCUCCAUGCUUUGAAGUCUGACAUUUUCAGAACACUUAUUCUGCUGACGGAAAAGAUCAACAGAGACACUGUCAAAUCUUUUCUCUAUGUCCACACGUUUCAUGGAUCUCUCAUAAUUUUGUGGAUUGACAUAAGUUCUGAUCUAUCUGAAGAAUCCAGAUCAUUAAGGAGCAUGUAAACCUGGUUCAUCCUUGUUCUGGCAUCUUCCUUCUGGUUAUCAAACAAAAACAAUUGCAGCUGCAAAUACACUUGUCGAGAUUGGUUUUUCUAAUCGAUUUCAGCACCCAAAAAAUAUGUUGAAAUAUGUUUGUAACACUUAAGUUUGUUUGAAGUAUGCUUAAUAUAUUUAUAGGGAUUGGGUCUGCUAUGUGGAUAACAAAUUGUUCAGAGCAAGUUUAUCAUCUAUGUAUGCUAAUUGAUGUCUGAGUGGAAGAGAUUACGAGGAUGCCAAGAGCUUGAUUGGAAAGGAGAUUCAUGGGCCUCAUGGAGGAGACACAUUCAGAUUCCAAAUCAUGUUAGCAAUUAAUCUGCUCUUGAAUAGGAGUUUAAGAUUCAAGUCAAGGAAGACCAUGAGUGAGUUAAAGCAUGAGAGCGGUUAUGCCUGCAUGAAACUUCCCAGCACAAAGUGUCCUUUUCAGCAAACCCAAAGUUAUGUUCAUUUAGCUUCUACGGUAGCUUUCAUAAGAUUUAGCUGUCGUUCCAAAUUAAGUUGAAAGACGUAGCCACUCCAGAAUAAAAACUGAUGUUGCAUAGACAUGGGGAGCUUGUAGAAGUCCUUUAGGAGAACCUGGUAAUCUAGCAUGCAGCCUAGAGUGAGGCAGCAAUUUAGCAUCUUCAACCAAAACCAAAACUGAAGGUUGCGAGUCUUCUUUAGCUCCUUGUUGAUUUUGAUAAUGUUCGGCAUAUUAUGGACACUUUCCAGGUGGCAACUAUUAUUUUCACAGUAGAGAAGGUGGUGCUAAAGACCUCAACUGUAGCAAGUGGGGAUGAGCAUCAUGCCUGCCUUAGGAUGUCAACUCGUACAAGUCCAGAAAGCACUUCCUGUCAAACCCUUUAAUGAGGCCACCCUUGGAGGAGAAAUCAUAUGCAACUUCGGCCAUUAUAAAUACAUUAGAUCAAGCAUCUGAACAUCACGGCUUGCAGAGUCACUGCUUGUAGAUGAUGACACGCGGCUAUGUUUGGCAGAUUAGAGAAUACACUGGAGUUGUCUACAGAUGGUGAUCUGGGACUAUUGCCUGCAACACCAUGAUCAUAUAAUACAGGUGCUACUGCACCAGCAAAAUGUCAUGCUGUUGAGUCGCCAUUGAGAAACCUUGAACAUUUGGUGGUGAUGAUGAUUAUACCUCAUGCACAUGACUCAUUGAUUGUCACCAGAUAGUUUUCAAUCGAACUCUAGGUUACUUGGACGAUGGGUAUCUAAUUUAAUGAAAGGAGAACACUUUGGAGCACAACAGAAGAUGGUUGAAGUUGCAGUAAACAUUUCUGAGUUCGUAACGAGUAUUCUUCCUUGAAGAUCAAUAUUCUCUUAUUCUUUUAGUGCUACGUUUGGCAUUGCCAAGAUCCUCUUCUGUGCUUCAUGCCUUAAAAUGCGCAAUGCACUUGGUAAUUAGUUCAUGACAAGUUCAAAAUUUGAGAAAAAGAUGUUUAAUGUAAAGUGGAUGGUCAAUGAAUAAAAACUAAUAUAGGUGGAAAGUUGGUUUUCUGGUGUUGUAUAGUCAUUGACAGCAUUCUCUGCUCCCUUUCCAAAUACAUGGUGAAGUGACGGAUCCCAAUACGAUUUGAUUCACCUUUGUUACUGAAUCCCUAGGGAAAGGAGAGCAAAAUAUCCAGAUGUACAUUGUUCAAUGUAGCCGGUAAAUUGGUCAAUUCUUCAUAUUC